AUGAAAUCACCGUCUGUAUCACGAGGUCACUGUCUGUAUUACGAUGUCACCGUCUGUAUCACGAUGUCACUGUAUCACGAUGUCACCGUCUGUAUCAUGAUGUCACUGUCUGUAUCUCGAUGUCACUGCCUGUAUCAUGAUGUCACUGUCUGUAUCACGAUGCCAUCUGUAUCACGAUGUCACUGUCUGUAUCACGAUGCCAUAUGUAUCACUAUGUCACCGUAUCACGAUGUCACUGUCUGUAUCACGAUGUCACCGUCUGUAUCACGAUGUCACCUUCUGUAUCAUGAUGUCACUGUCUGUAUCAAGAUGUCACCGUCUGUAUCACGAUGUCACUGUAUGCAUCAUGAUGUCACUGCCUGUAUCACGAUGUCACUGUCUGUAUCACGAUGUCACCGCCUGUAUCACGAUGUCACUGCCUGUAUCUCAAUGUCUCUGUCUGUAUCUCGAUGUCACCGUCUGUAUUACGAUGUCACCGUCUGUAUCACGAUGUCACCGUCUGUAUCAUGUCACUGCCUGUAUCAUGAUGUCACUGCCUGUAUUGUGAUGUCACUGUCUGUAUCACGAUGUCACCGUCUGUAUCACGAUGUCACCGUCUGUAUCAUGUCACUGCCUGUAUCAUGA